GCAGCACUAGUCGGAGAUGUUGUGUAUGUUGUGAUGUUGCAGGUUAAGUUAAAAACAACAACCCUGCAAAAAAAUUGUUUUGACACUAAUAAUCUUAUUUAUCAAUCAUAACAACCAAGUAAAUAUGGAGUUAAAUGAAGAAGAUUGGUACGUUGAUUGCUCCGAUGAAGAAAAAUACGAAGUUAUUUCAAAGGAUGACUGGUGUCUUAAACCAGAAAGCUUGUUAAAUAUGAUAAAUAAAAUGGAGUGCAAUAAACAGUGUCUAGAAUUAGAGUGGAAAUGCCCCGGCAGAAGAGGACCAUCACCAAUACCUCUCAGUAGUCAUCAACCUGACCAUGAAUUGUCAGAUUACAAAAUUGAAGAGAAAGAUAACUUUGAUUUUAUGGACGAGAUGUCUUCUCCACGACUACCUGUAAGAAGAGUGGGCGAAGCAACUCCCAAAGGCAGCGCUAAAAAGAAGACCGCGAGUUUCAACGGCGCACUGUCGACGAUAAUGCGUCACAGACGCCAAGAACAACAAGAAAUAAGCUUAAGUCCCAAAAAACUAGAUCCUAAUUCUCAAAAUAUUAAGUUACAUCCUUCGUAGUACUACUUUUAAUCACUAAAACAAUUUCGAUAAAUUUUUAUAUACAAAA